CAUCGAAUGAAGAUCACGUGUGUCCGGCUUGGUGGAGCGGACACUAAAACAAAUUCUUAUUCUGUUAUCUUGAUGUUUACAACAAAUAUGUAGCCAUGUGGAGGUGGCUCAGUGGAAUUCCCAGAGCCAUCCGUCAUCACAUCCAUGGUCCCAGAGCCUCAGCUUCUGGUGUUUGUAAGGAAGACGAAUUAGAUGAAGCAAAGAAAUGUGCAGAAAGCUGUCACCAGCACUUCAGAGCCCAGUAUAGACUAGGGGCUGGAAAUGACUAUCAGCAGAGUUCCCAUGAUGACAACCAAUGGGAACAGGAGGCGGGGCCUGACAAGGAGAAAGGCUACCGACACACCCCUAACUUCUGGAGUCUGUUCUGUGGACCAGGCUCAUGUGAGGCCUUAGGAUGGGGCACAGCUGUGGUGGUAGGCCUGCAUAUCACCAAAUAUCACCUGCUGAUAGACAGAUGGGAGAAGUUCAAAGACAAAGAUAAGGGUUCACAAUGCUUGUUCAACAAGAUAAAAAGUGUUUUGGCCGAACCCUGUCUGCUGAAGAGAUCUGUCCUUGAAAUAAAUGAUUCUACUCCCUCAGAUGAAAAACGUACCACUCAAGUGCCAGACCAAUACGAAAAACAGUGGCGAUUGUCAUUUACCUUUUCACAAGAUGUCAAGGAUGAUGGUGAUAAGGCAGAUGCUGAAGCUGUAGGGAAGAAAGACGAGGAGGCCUUAAAGUCUAAUCUGGAUCCUUUGGAAACUGUAAUGAAGGAGUUUGAAACAGUGUGUCGUAGAUAUGCUGCUGUUGGACAGAACAUUGCUGGGCUUAAGAAGGCUGUGGCAGGUCAGCUGACUGAGGCAGCCAAUCACUGGUCAGAAGCUAGCAGCUCGGCUUAUGGCAAGGCAAGCUUCAAUCUCGGGCUCUGCUAUGAGACAGGACGUGGAGUGAAGAUGAAUAUAAAGCAGGCUGUGACCUUGUACGAGCGAGCAGCAAAGGAGAACCACUCCCAGGCCAUGUACAAUCUGGCUCUACUGUAUCUGGGAGAGGAAGAGGGUCUGUCAUCACCCGCACGUGGUCUAAAACUAAUGAAGGAGGCUGCUGAACUGGGACUGGCUAAGGCCCAAACCUACAUGGGAGUACACAUCAUGGAGCAGAAAGAACCCUUUAUGGACAAAGCAGUUGCAUACUUCAAAGCUGCAGGAGAUCAGGAUGACUCGGAUGGAGAGUACUUCCUAGCAUUGUGUUACGAGCAGGGAUUAGGGGUGGAGGAAAACAAGUGUCGUGCAGCAGACUUGUACAGUCAGGCUGCCACUAAGGGUCACGAUGGCGCCAUGUACAACCUAGCUUUCUUCCAUGAGCAUGGAUUAGGAGGAUUACCUGAGGAUAGAGUUACAGCUAUGACCUUGUACAAGAAAGCUGCAGAUGCAGGAAAUGAGAGUGCUAUCUACUAUCUGGAGGGCCCAAGUCAUCCGGUCUCUCCCAGCUGGAAAGAGCAGUACAUGUAUGACUUUGUUGCGGAGCCACAGCUUGAGAUACGGAUCCCAAAGCCUAUCCAGGUGGAGCCACCAGCAGUGAAGGUGCAGCCUGUUGAACCUAUCCCAUUGUCUUUGUCAUCUCCUUCCCUCACUGACUAUGUACGCAAACACAUAGAAGAUCUAGAUGUGAACAAAGAUGUGGUACAGUUUGAUGUGGCCUCACUUUCAACCCUGCAGCCUCAGUUUGUCAGUUCCAAGAAACCAGCAAUGAAGAAGGAUAAUGGCGUAUUCUUCACUAUAGGAACCAGUGAAACUGGUAGUUCUCCUCUAUGGGCAGACUUUGAUGAUAUAUGGGAAGAAAAUGUGGUAAAGGACAAAACCCACUUUACUGCUUUGUUGCAGAGAAAUAACGCCUGUGCCUGAUGUAAGGUCGGUUACUUGCUCUUAAUAGUAAAGGGACAUAACUCAUAUAAUUCAUGUUUCAUUUCAAAUCAUCUGCAACAUAUCACUUGUAUGUUAAGUUUCAUAAGAUGUGUGUUUGGAUUUCCAUACAAAGGGGAGAUAACUUUGUAAUGCAGCAAAGUCAUACAUACAUCAAGCGGUAUUAAAAAACUUUAGUUUAAUUUGUAUUACAAAAUUAAUAUCAUUUGCACAUAUUAAGCAGAAUUUUACUCAUCUUUUCAAGCAUUUCUCUUAUAGAUGUAUAUUUGAACAAGUUGCUAUUUGAUAAAUGUUACUUUAAAGCAAUAUUUAUCGAUUGCAUCUGUCCUCUAAUGGAAAGACUGGCAUUUUCUCCCAAGUUUCCCCAACAUGGGUACUGUUUGGUUUAAGUAUCACUUACAGCCAUUCUUGUUGAAGUGAGAAAACUCAUAACUUGUUUGAGAGAAAAUCAGCAUGAAAUAACAGAGUUGUAUUUUUAAAAAGAUUUAUUAAGGAAUAUGCUGUAGAACCGUGAAAUAACCUACAUCUGUGGUGCACUGUUGAUGACUGUACUGUAAAGAGAAAUCCUGUGUAUUUGAUCCGAACCUAAAAAAAGUUGUAUCAACAAUAUUGCACAUAGAAAGGAAAGACUGCUGUUACAUGUUGCUUUUUUUCUCUAUAAAGAAUUAAUUAACCAGAUAUAAGUAUAAUAAUAGAUCAUAUCUACACACAGAGAAGUAGAGUAACACCCCCUUAACCAGAUAUAAGUAUAAUAGGUCAUAUCUACACACACAGAAUUAUAGUAACCCCCAUCUUUUACAUCUAUUUGAGAUCACUGAAAACCCUAUACAAAUGUCCCAGAUUUCCCAGUGUGUCCAUCAACAUUUAUACACAACCUAUUUACAUAUUUUGUAUUACUUCCUGAUGUAUGACCAUACACUUUUGCUGUAUAGAUUUAUGUAAAUAUGAUUUUGUUUACAUACUGUAUAACAUAAGAUGUUCAUUGUGGAUUAACUUUAGUUGUGUUAUUGUUGCUUAUGGAACCAAGAAUAUGACUGCAACAAAUAGUGUUGUAUGUAAUAUUGUUACAUUAGCUUUGUACCCACAAAAUAAUCUGAAAGCUCCAAACCAGGAAAGAAAGUACCCACGAACAUUUGAUGUUAUACAGUAUAAUUAUGUCGUGCAUAGUUUUUAUAAGAACUUUGCUGCUACUUACUAUGUAGAAAGCUUCAGAAUAAUUUUUUGCAUGAAUUCAUACAAUCAUGGAUUACAAAUUGUAACUUUGCAGUAUAAUCAAUUCCAAAGAAUAAUUUGUGAUGUUUUUGUUGUGUGCUUUCAAAAUGCUGUGCGGUUUUUGGCGUCCCAUUACAGUUUGUUGUCUCUAGAAUGAGCUCAGGGUAAGUCUUUCCCCCGGUGACUCGAGACUGUACUACCAGCAGAUACACAUUUUAACCUGUAUAUUGAAUUAAAGAAGUGUCAAAUGUGCCAUAUUUAAAUCCUUAAUUGGGAAGUUAUUUUUGAUUGACACAUCCAGAAAUAAAUAGGUAUGUAGGGAUCCUUAAAAUACAUGAACUAGCUAGGGCUUUGAGGAAUAUGAAACGGACAGGAGACUAGGUAAAGAAAGAAUUUUUUUUUUCAAACUUCAGAAGAUAUCUUUGAACAUGCAAAAUUUGUCAGGAUAUUCUGAUCAAUUCAUAUAUAUAGACGGAUUGGAUAUAACAAAAUAAUUAUGUAGAAUGUAUUGGCACAAGAGUGAGCCUUAAUGAGUUUUGUUAGUGGAGAGUGGAGAGUGGAAGGGUGUCGAUAGUUUAGAGGGAGUUUUGUCAGGGUAGGAAGGGAAUGGUUUAGUUGAAAGUGAGAGGCUUGGAGAAAUGAAGAUUUAUUAUCAUUAUCUCCAGACUUGUUCAGUCCCAGAUCAGAUACCGAUUGAUGUACUCACAGCUGUAAUGGGACAGUUGUUUUGAUAAUUUUUGAUUUAAUUUUUUCUUCUCAAGAAUAUGUUAUGCUUUUUGUAAAUCUGGAUUUUAUCAUGCAUACUAAUUUUAUGUUUGAGAAUAUUAAAUCAAACUUAACUUUU